AUGAACACCACGCUGACGCGUGAGAACCCAUACCAGAGGCCCAAGCAGGACUGCGACAGCUGCGGCGUGGCCAUCGACGUGGUCCUGCUCACGGAAUACCGCGACGGAAGACAGCUGUGCGGGCCGUGUUUCCAGCGGCGGCUCGACGAGACGCCGGGGGGAACCGACGGCGGGUUCUAUCCGAGCCAUUUCGAGGAGGCCAUGUACGGCGUGGACGCGCCGGGUCUAGGUUCAAACGAGAGCAGCAACAACAAUGCCGGCCAGGGGCAACAGCAAAACCUCAACACCGUACUGCAUCGACAGCAACCUGUACUGACAAGCAUCAAUAACAGGGCUGAAGAAGAUAGCCGGAGAGGCGGGGCGACGCAACAACGGCAGAGAGCUGCUACCACCGCCCAGCUUGCAACAAGCACGAUGGCGCCCAUCUACCAGAGCGAGCUGCUGGUGGCGGGCGGCCCGGCGCCGUUUCAGUGGGAAGCGUCGGCAGCCCACCACCGGCCUCUUCUUGGACCACACAACCACGACAACUACAACCAGAACAUCACCACCGGAAGGCCGCCGCAGCCAACAGCACCAGUGCCAGCACCACCAUGGCCACUGCCGCUUACAUACGGGGGAUACAGACCACAACUUGCACCCGCCAGACCCAUCCCUUCUCCCUUCCCCCCCCAAAACAACCCCCCGGUCCCAGCCGCACCCGCAGCAGCGGAACCACCACCACCACCGCCGCCGCCGGUUAGGAAAUGCAAGAAAUGCUCCAACCCGGCCCGCCCCGGCGGGAUCCUGCACUGCCAGGCGUGCACGGACCGGUACCGGCGACGCAAGAACCAGAAGAAGGCCCAAGGCCGGUGCGUCAACUGCGGCAAGCCCAACGACAACCGCCGGUUCGUGCACUGCACGGCGUGCCGCAACCGCUCCAAGGAGAAGUCGGCGGCUAAGCGGAGUCUUGAGCGUGCGAGAAGGGAGAGGGCGGAGGUUUUGAGGAAGGGGAAGGGGAAGGGGAAGCAGGGGCAGGGGCAGCAGGUUGGGGGUGCUGGCGGUGGAGGGGGGUCGGUGGUUGAGGUUGUUGAGGCGGAGGCUGAGGAGGCGUUGGUCUCUUCUGGUGGGAUGGAUGUGGAUGAUUGUAGCCUGGGGGGGAGUAAUUGAUUGGUGUGUAUUGGAUUUUUGAUGGUGGAUGUUUGAGAGGUUGCUCAAAGGGGAGGGAUUGGGGCUGCUAUUUCUUUUUCCCUGUCUGUUUAUGGUUGGGAAGCAACGGUACAGACAACAUGGGUUUGGCCAUG